UAAACUGAAAAUAACCAUUAAGUUUGUUAAAUAAAUAGUAAAUGGUUCGCUAUUGAUAAAAAUGUGGACAACAAAGACAUUUUUGACUAAAACAAAGCGCGGUAAUAUUUUAAAAAUUGUCAGAGAGCAUUACCUUCGCGAUGAUUUGCUUUGUGGAUCGGCUGCAUGUAGUAUUUGCCCUCACAAGGAUGACGAAUUUGUUUUGGACUCAACUCCAGAGUGUCACUGUGCUUUAUUUGACUAUCCACACUACUUGAUCCUUGACACCAAUGUGGUCCUCCACCAGAUUGACGUUCUUGAGGAAGAUGCCAUUAUAAAUGUUAUUAUUUUACAAACCGUUCUAGAGGAAGUAAAACAUCAAAAUACUGCAAUUUUCCAACGUCUUCUUGAAAUUAUUGGAAAUAAGAAAAGAAAAUUUUAUUCUUUUGUUAAUGAACAUCAUAAAGAUACUUACGUGGAGCGGAAGCCAGGGGAAAAGGCCAAUGAUAGAAACGACAGGGCUAUACGUAAAGCUGCUCAGUGGUAUGCUUCUCACAUAUCCGCAAACAAUGUUGGUGGCCAGUUCCCAAGGAUCAUACUGCUUACAGAUGACGAGAAUAACAGAAAGAUAGCUCAAGAAGAGGGGAUUGUUUGCUGUUCUGUAAAAGACUACAUUGAAAAUGUGUCUGGUUUCCCUGGGCUUGUGGACAAGUUGUCGAAAAAUGUGAUACCAGAAAGCUGUUCCAAGGAUGCCCUGUACCCUGCACAUUUGACUCCCUCUCAGGUUCACACUGGCAUUAGGAGUGGGAAGCUUCACCAGGGGACUUUCCAUGCAUCCCGAGAUAACUUUCUUGAAGGCACUGCCAAUGUCAAUGGAUUUGAAAAACCAAUUUUACUCCAAGGCCACAUAGGAAUCAACCGUGCUGUGGAUGGUGAUAUAGUGGCCAUUGAACUGUUUCCUGAGGAAGAUUGGAGGAGGCCCAGUGAUAUAGUCCUUGAGGACAAGGCUGAAGACCCUGGAGAUCUCUUGGAAGAGGAAUCUACGCUUUUGAAUGUGAUGAAACCUGUUGACAAUAAAGAUGAUGAAAUAACACCAACUGGAAAGGUGGUUGGAAUUAUAAGGAGGAAAUGGAGACAGUAUUGUGGCAUUCUGAUGCCCAGCAAGUUUCCAGGUGCAACACGUCACUUGUUCACUCCGGCUGAGAAGCGUAUCCCGCGCGUGCGCAUCGAGAGUCGUCAGAGUGAGAUCUUAGCGUCGCAGCGUAUCCUUGUCGCGUUGGACUCAUGGCCGAGGAAUAGCCGAUACCCGCUUGGACAUUUUGUUCGGGCGUUGGGACCUAUUGGCGACAAAGAUGCAGAAAACGAAGUAAUAUUGCUCGAGCACGACGUUCCACACGCGAGGUUCAGUGAAGCCGUGCUCGCUUGCCUGCCGCCCGAUGACUGGACUAUACCGCCUGAGGAAAUAAAGAAGCGUGUAGACCUCCGUUCUAUCACGAUUUGUUCCGUCGAUCCACCUGGCUGUACAGAUAUUGACGACGCUUUACACGCCCGGCCCCUACCAGGGACCACUUCAGACGGCCUCAAACGAUACGAAGUGGGAGUGCAUAUCGCAGACGUGACGUAUUUCGUGAGGCCCGAUACCGCAUUAGAUAAGGAGGCCGCUUCGAGAAGUACUACCGUUUAUUUGGUUGAUAGAAGAAUCGAUAUGGUGCCUGAACUUCUGAGUUCAAACCUGUGUUCUCUUCGUGGCGGAGAGGAGCGGCUAGCAUUUUCCUGCGUCUGGGAGAUAGACGAGAAUGCUAACGUACUUGCUACGAAGUUCCAUAAGAGUGUUAUAAAGUCAAAAGCGGCUAUGACAUACGAAGAAGCGCAGAUAGCAAUCGACGACGAGUCCCGUAAGGACGACAUCGCGAAUUCGCUUCGAACGCUCAAUGCCCUCGCCAAGAAAUUGAAGCGGAAGCGCUUGGACAACGGUGCGCUUUUGCUCGCUUCGCCUGAAAUACGAUUCCAGGUGGACUCCGAAACCCACGACCCUGUAGAAGUGCAAGCGAAGAAGAUAAUGGACACGAACUCUAUGGUGGAAGAGUUCAUGUUGUUGGCUAACGUGAGCGUGGCGGAGAAGCUUUGCCAAGAGUUCCCGCAGUGCGCGUUAUUACGUCGCCAUCCACCCCCUCCGCCGGCUAAUUUCCACACUUUCCUGAAGGCUGCUAGGCAACAGGGCUUCGAACUGGACGUGUCGACCAACAAAUCGUUCUCCAAAUCUCUAGACGAGGCGGUGAUACCCGGGCGUCCGUUCUUCAACACGUUACUUCGUAUAAUGGCGACACGUUGUAUGCAACAAGCCGUUUACUUUACAAGUGGUACAAAAACUCAAGAUGAAUAUUACCAUUAUGGACUUGCGUGCCCAAUUUAUACGCAUUUCACGUCGCCAAUAAGGAGAUACGCUGAUGUGAUAGUGCACCGCCUGCUGGCCGCAUGCGUCGGCGCCGACGUGACGCACGCCAGCCUGCUGGACGGCCGGCGCGCGGACAGCACGUGCGACAACCUCAACUAUCGCCACAGACAGGCGCAGUACGCCGGCCGUGCUUCCGUCGCUCUUAACACACAUAUUCUAUUCAAGAACCGCGUGGAGAUAGAAUCAGCGGUUGUAUUGUCGGUAAAACGGAACGCAUUGCAAGUGCUCAUACCAAAGUAUGGGCUGGAAGGACCUUUAUAUUUACCUGCUGACAUGUUCACGUAUAACGAAGAGGAACACCUUCAAAUAUGUGGCGAUGUAACUUUGAAAACGUUCGAUGAACUAACAGUUCGCCUCAGCCUCGACAGUACAAACUUGCAACAUCGCAAACUAGUCUUCCAACUAGUCAAACCACACGUCCCAGGAUUCAGCUUCGUUCCAGAGGAAACUGAGAAAACUUCUAAGGAAGAACAGAUGCAAGUGGAUGAGAUUCCACAGAAAAAGAGGAAAGACGAGGAUAAGCAUAAGAGUAGCAAGAAGAAAUCAAAGAAGAAAUAGUACAGUGUACUAAUAAAGGUUUGAUAGUAGUUGCGUUUU